UGCAAGCAUGUAAUAAUCUCUGUGAUAUACUUGUUGCAAAAAGUUUAUUUACUAACUGUGCUCUUUUGUUAUUGUUUGAUAUCAAAGUAUUCAGCUCGAUUCUGUGUCUGUUUUUUCAAACAAUUUUAUUCCGAAGCUGACGGGGUAGUGUAGCAGAAAAAUUAUGUGAUAACAGUGCUUAGUCGAUCACUGGAUCGGUAAGAUCUUGUGUGUUUUGGAAAUCAAUCAAUCGACUAGAGCCUAUUUUUUGGAUACCAAUCUGCAAGAUUUUGAACAAUUCAGAAACUGCAACAAUCUAGGUUGGAUUGAUUUGAAAGGCUAUGUAAUCAAAAUUUAUCAUGAAAUGAAUCUGAUUAUAAACCAUAUACGGACGUGAAAUAGCGCGAAACGUUCAAUUCAAUAUCAAUUCUUCAAAAGGGCUAAUGAGAUUUUUAUAAACAAACUUAUUUCGCUCAUUACUCCGCUGUCGAGUAGAAUUUCAUGAAAGACACACAUGAAUCAACAUCUUUACCAUUGGGAGAAUCAAUUUCAAAUGUCUUCUGGGUUGAAAAUAUAACAAAUUAAGAGAAAUCAGCAAAGCAAAAGUUUGUUUACAAAUCUAAUUAGCCCUAUUCUAAUGUUGAUAUGGAAUUCCGAUUAGUCAUCGCUACUCACUAACAAAGUCGAGAAGUGUUGUGAAUAAGUAGUAUUCUGCAAACUUAAGUACCAGAACUGAUUAUACCGAUUCUACAUUAGGCUUACUUGUUCAGGCGAUAUGAUUACAAUCGACCAGAGAAAAUGCGGAUGAUAAGCUGAGGUUGAGUAUAAAUAGGAAAUUUUUUCGCUUUCACGUGUAAAAUGGAAAACAAUGAGCAACACGCACAACCCGAAAGCACAAUCAGUUUAACGGAGACGGAAAAGAUCAAGUUCGAAAAAAAGUAUCGUUUCUUCAUUUUGGAACCGGCAGUUUUACUAUUAUUCUACGCAUUGAAUGUCUCGUCCGCUGUCUUCACAAAUCAAAUUGUCUAUCAGACAUGCACGGUCACGUUGGGAAUCAACCAGUCGGAGUGUGCCUUACUGGGGACAGAAAACGAAACCGAAGCGACAAAAGAUUUAGAAAAGACAGUUCAACCGUACACAACAAACAUUCUGAUGGCAAAAUCACUUAUCGAAUCGAUAAUUCCGGCUCUGUGUAGUAUGUUUAUAGGACCUUGGUCGGAUAAAUACGGACGGAAGCCGAUUCUGCUUUCGACUUUCAUCGGAUCAUUUUUCAGUUACUCGCUACUAGCACUGGUGUGCUUCCUCUCUGGACGGUACUCUAUUGAUCCGUGGUACUACAUUUUGGCAUUCAUUCCGGCGGCUUUGUCCGGUGGGAACUGUGCAUUUAUCAGUGGUGUCUUCAGCUAUACCGCCGAUGUGACUGGUGCACGAAAUAGGGCUGUUAAAAUGGGCGUUCUUGAAGCUGCAAUCUUCGGAGGUUUACUUUUCGGAACACUAAGCAGUAGUUUCAUUUUACGGUUGGCCAACUCCACAACGGUAUUCACCAUAGCUGCUGUAUCGAUUUCGGUUGGUAUAGUUUACAUUACGUUCUACAUCGAGGAAAGUAUACAGCGAAACGAACUGGAUAGUACUUCCUACAAGUUUGGUGAGAUUUUCCGCUUCGAACAUGUUACGGAUUUGUUUCGCACGUGUUUCAAACGGAGACCAAAUUUUGACAGAGUCAUUAUUUGGCUGAUCAUUUUUGUGUUGGGGGCAAGAAAUUUCGUAAUGGGCUCCGGAACCGUAUAUUUUCUCUUUCUCAGAGAACGCUUCGGUUGGACCGUGAAGGAGUUCUCGUAUUACGAUGCCACUAUAAUUGUGUUUAUGAUUAUUGGUAAUCUCAUUGGCGUAUAUGGGGUGAAGAAAUAUUUUAGAUUAUCUGAAAGUAUGCUAGCAGCGAUUGGAUUCUGUUGCUAUGCCAUCGACAGCGGAAUCAGAGGGGUAGCCUACCAGCCGUGGCAUCUAUAUUUGGCAAUUGUGAUCACGAUGAUGAAAGGCAUCGCUGGCCCGAUGGGGCGCGCUGUGAUAUCUAAUACCGCAGCACCUAACGAUAUUGGAAAGAUAUUUUCCCUGGCGACAUCCAUCGAGUCACUGACUCCGCUGAUAUCGGCUCCGGUGUACACAUAUGUGUACAAUAAAACUCUUUCGGUGUUCCCAGGUGCAUUUAAUCUCAUUAGUGCGAUAGUUUAUUUCCUUUGUCUGUGUCUUAUGAUACUCGUUAGAAUUUUUGAAGGGAUGUUUCAAACGACUACUUACACAUCAAUUAACUAGAAGCAAUUUUAUAGCAAGUUUACCUUAAUAUAUUACAGAUUUUUAUAGCAAUAUUUUAAAUAUAUUUGGAAGAUAUCCUAGCAACUAGGAAACCAGUC